CGCUUCCUCCGCCUCGCUGCCGCCUCGCCGCCGACAUCGUCCUUUUCCCGCAGACACCAUCCUUUUCCCGUUGCACCUCCGCAAGCAUCUCCAAUGGCGUCGUCCUUCUCCUCUAUCCCUCUCCACUCGAUCCAAAACCCUCUCCUCCCCCUCCUCCGCCGUAGUGUCACGAAACCCUCUCCACCUCUCCAUCUCCUCUCCCGCCCCCGAUCACCAUCUCUCCGCCCCUCCGCCAAGCUCCGCCUCUCCGAGAUCAUGGGCGGCCGCGGCCUCUGCAAUGGCGAAGAGGGCCUCCUCAAGGAGCUCACCCGCCCUGCGGGGGAGGCGGCGGCGGCGGCGCCUCCUCCGCCGCCGCCGACGCAGCCACAACCCUCGCCCCUCGGGAUCGAUGAUGGGGCCUUCGAGAAGGAGCUCCUAGGGCUCACGGGAGGGUUCCCGGGGGGCGAUUAACUCUGCGGAUGAGAA